AUGCGUAUCGGUUCUGUGUUAUAUUGGUGCGUACUUGGUUUUCAUCUGUGUAGAGCAGAUGAAUCGGAGAGGAUAGAGUCUAAGGAAAACGGUCGAAGACCUCAGUGGGGUCCUAGUUCCCGAAGUGGCUCAUUUGUUAUUGACCCAGCGGUUUCGGCGUCUAACGAGCAAAUUCUUCUGGAGGCGUGUAACAACGAUCCCGCUUGUCUCCACGACCGCGCCGGCUUGGAGGCUAUCACCCAGCUGCACAGGCAACUAGACGACGAUGCGAACGGCAACGUCGACCUCAGCGAGAGCGACGAUUUUCUCCGCGAGGAGUUGCAGUACGACAGCGGCUAUGAGAAACGGCAGCGCGCCUUCCACCACAACGACGACAUGCACAUAUCCGUCAAGGAGCUAUGGGAGGCGUGGUUACGAUCAGAGGUACACAAUUGGACUACGGAGCAGACGGUGGAAUGGUUGUCGCAGUCGGUCGACCUUCCCCAAUACAGGUCCCUGUUUCUUCAGCACAGGGUGACCGGUGCCACGCUACCGAGGCUGGCGGUAAACAACAUGCAGUACUUAAGCAACGUUCUCGGCAUCAAGGACCCCAUACACAAACAGAAGCUCGCGUUAAAAGCGAUGGACGUCGUGCUUUUCGGACCCCCUAAAGAAGGUAGCAGAUGGAAGGACUGGCUUCUGGCCUCGCUGCUACUGGGCGCCGUGGUCGGCGGCUGGGCCGCGUUGCGCGCCGGCCGCGCCAGCCGCACCCAGGUGCAGAGGAUGCUGCGCGACAUGGAGCAGUUGAGGAAGGCCGAGAUGGCCCUCGACGACAUGCAGAAGGAACUGGAGAAGGCACGCUUGGAACAGGAGAGCGUCACCACUGAGAAGCGCAACUUAGAGAAGAAAUUGAGGGAAGCUGGCGACACACCCCUAUUGAACUCUGCCUCUUCCGAUUUAGAGGUUUCGCAGCUGAAGGCAGAGAUUGAGAUGUUAAGGGCGGAGUUGCGUCGCGCCGAGGGCGAGCUGGAGGACAGAUGUUGGGCCCCGCCGCCCGGUCUGCAGCAAUGGCUGCAGCUAACACACGAAGUAGAGAACCGCGCAUACUUGCGCAAGAAGCAACAGGCCGAUUUGCAACUACAACAGGCGAGAGAGGCCUGCGAGAAACUGCGCAAGAAGCGAUCCAGCCUAGUGGGGGCGUUCGUGUCGACGCACGGAAAGUCUAUCGACGACGUGGACCGCUCCAUUGUGGAGGCGAGAACAGCUCUUAAUGAGGUCACGCAGGAGUUGCAGGAGAGGAUGCACCGUUGGAAACAGAUCGAGCGUCUAUGCGGCUUCAACAUAAUCAACAACAACGGCCUACAGUUCCUCGAGAGCACCCUCUACAGAACCGCGAAUGGACGGCAGGCGAGCCGAGUGCGAAUGAGCAGCUCCCAGGAUGACCUCAGCGUAGGCGACGACGUUUCCAUUUGCGGUUCCGCAGCGGAAACUUUCGGCUGGCGCGAAGAUUCAUCUGGUAGUGAGGAGCACGACGCACCCCACUAUCCCCUGGAUUUGAGACUUGCCGAGGCAAGGUUGCAGCUAGAGGAGCGCUUGGCCCAGGAGGCUCGCGAGCGGCGCGACGAGGACAGGAGGUCCCUACACGAGAGGCCGCGCGGCUCCCACGGGGACGUGCGCAAGAGCCCCGCAGAGGAUAAGCGCAGGGAGCCCGUGCAGUUCGUCCUCGGCGGAGACAACGUGAAUUGGACCGGGGAGGAUUUGACGCGGGCGGUGCACUCGCAGUCGCAGCCGCAGUUGCGCGCCUCCAUGCGCAGCGUCGGCGGGGGCGCCCCGAUGCCUCCGCCCCGGCGGCCCCUGCCCCCGACCGGCCAGAUGGUCCGCUCGCGGAGCACCGACAUCGUCCCCGCCAACCCGGAGGAGCCCAGGCCGCCGCCCCGGAACCCCUUCACGAAGGCCCGUCCACUGCCCGACUCGACCCCAUCCAGCAACACCCCCCCCGAAGAGGAGUCCACAGACUCCUCCCUUAUGGACGACGACGGGGUGCCGAAGCCGAGGAAGAGGCGAAUCCACCUCCCCUUCGGCAAGAAGACCAAAACGCCCGCG